AUGCGAGAAGUCCGCGCCGUGGGGAACGAAGGUCAGGGGGCUAGUCCUCCGACAGGCAAAGCCCAGCAGGCUGGACUGAGUACCCUGUGCCCCCAGGUGUGUGCUCGGGCGGCCCUCGGUCCCGGCGCGCUCUGGGCCGCGGCCUGGGGAGUCCUGCUGCUCACGGCCCCCGCAGGGGCGCAGCGCGGACGCAAGAAGGUCGUGCACGUGCUCGAGGGUGAGUCGGGCUCGGUGGUGGUGCAGACGGCGCCGGGGCAGGUGGUCAGUCACAGGGGUGGCACCAUCGUCUUGCCCUGCCGCUACCACUAUGAGGCAGCCGCCCACGACCACGACGGCGUCCGUCUCAAGUGGACUAAGGUGGUGGACCCACUGGCCUUUGCCGACGUCUUCGUGGCGCUGGGCCCCCAGCACCGAGCAUUUGGCAGCUACCGUGGGCGUGCGGAGCUGCAGGGCGAUGGACCCGGGGAUGCCUCCCUGGUUCUCCGAAACGUUACGCUGCAGGAUUAUGGGCGCUAUGAAUGCGAGGUCACCAAUGAGCUGGAGGAUGACACUGGCAUGGUCAAGCUGGACCUGGAAGGAGUUGUCUUCCCUUACCACCCCCGUGGAGGCCGCUACAAGUUGACCUUCACGGAGGCGCAGCGCGCCUGCGCUGAGCAGGACGGUAUCCUGGCGUCCGCAGAGCAGCUGCACGCGGCCUGGCGCGACGGCCUGGACUGGUGCAACGCUGGCUGGCUGCGCGACGGCUCCGUGCAGUACCCGGUGAGCCAGCCUCGGGAGCCUUGCGGCGGCCUGGGCGGAGCUGGGAGCGCCGGGACGGGCGGCGGCACCGCCUCCGGGGGUGUGCGCAACUACGGCUUCCGCCACAAUGCCGGAGAACGCUACGACGCCUUCUGCUUCACAUCCAACCUCCCGGGACGUGUGUUCUUCCUGAAGCCGCUGCGGCCUGUGCCCUUCUCGGGAGCAGCGCGUGCAUGCGCGGCGCGCGGCGCGGCCGUCGCCAAGGUGGGACAGCUGUUCGCUGCGUGGAAGCUGCAGCUGCUGGACCGCUGCACCGCGGGCUGGCUGGCCGACGGGAGCGCGCGCUACCCCAUCGUGAAUCCGCGCGCGCGCUGCGGCGGCCGCCGGCCGGGCGUUCGCAGCCUGGGAUUCCCCGACGCCACGCGCCGUCUCUUCGGCGUCUACUGCUACCGUGCACCCGGCGCGCCGGACCCCGCACCCGGCGGCUGGGGCUGGGGCUGGGCCGGAGGCGGCGGCUGGGCCGGAGGCGCGCGCGACCCCGCUGCUUGGGCCCCGCUGCGCGUCUAG